AUGAAGCAUGGUCAGGUACCUGCUGUGACGGAGCAGAUGAUGUGGACGCGGGCAGCGGUGAGGUCGGGCGGAAGAUUCCUUCACCGCCCAGACAACGACACGGCAACAAUAGCCCAGGGAAUCGGUCAAACCAAAGCUGCAGGUCCUAUUGUCGAAGACCAAGGACCAAGCCACCCCUUCGCUUCCCUUCCUCUGCGCGCACAACAUCACCUCCGAUAUGCGUACUCGAAUGAGCAGAAAUCCUCCGAUGGCGACAUCCUCCGCAAUCACAUCGAUGCCACAAGGCGAGAUGAUGCCAUUUCUGCCAGCACUUGGCUGGCAAUGCUUACCGAGCGGAAGAGGCCGUCCGUUAAAGAGCUGAAGAAGUACAGGAGCAUGAUAAUAUUCCUCUGGAUAGACACGAUGUACAAGGUGGUGGCGCGCAAACAGAUGCACGAGAAGACCAUCAAGAGGACUUUGAUGUUCUUAUGGGAGACCGAGCACAUCGGAACGAGGAGGAUGCCGAACGCAUUCGCGCAGAAGCUGCAGAGAUUGCCAGCCACACCAGGAAAUCUUUGUUGCAAGACGAAGGAACCCUACCCAGCUAGACGGCCUAGCUUCCUUCUGAAGAAGACGUUCGUGCUCAGCGGCAAUCAGCCUCCGAGAACGUCAACGGAGCUCACAUAAUGACGAGGAUGUCUAGCAGGAGCAAAGAUGCGACAAGUCACAACCAGGGCAGAAGACUAAUAAAAACACCACAAAGCUUCCACACCACGAGAAAGACAGGAGAUACAGCUCAUAGACGUUAUACCAAGUGGCCUGGCCAGAGCGUUGCUCCUGAAGUGGCCAUCUAUAGAAUAUCGAAGAGGACAAGUCUUCGUUCAAGACAUAAUAUAGUUGCGAACACUCUUCGGAGACAUGCCGCCAAGCGGUCUCACCACGUCACCAUUCCACUCUCUACUGAGACCUCUGUGCAAGGACAAGCGACUGGAGGUCAGAGAGAAGAGAAGUCUCGUAGGUCAUUCCUGAAAGCAACUGAAGAUAUCGAGUUCGGAGCAGGCGUGCAGGACUCUAGCGAAACAGACCGAGAGCAACGAGCAAGCCCAGAGAACCCUGCGAAUGCUGUUCCCCCAGUUCCUACCAGCCGCGAAGCCUUGCAAGACUUGGACCGACCUGAAACUCCUCCGGAUGAUAUGAGACGACGGACAUAGUGGCCUGGAGAGUCAGAUUUGUUAGACAACAAUGAUGAUGUCGCAGUGGAACAUCGAAAGGGUGGCGCACAGUCUACCAGCGGCAAGCAGGCCCCGUACGAUGAUGCUGAGAUGCCGAUUGCCACUAGCCGGGACAAACAUAGUGUCACAUCUGGAACAGCGGAUGAGAGGGUGGUGGAGAGACAUUCCUAAUCCCUGGAACCAUUAUGCGCGAAAUUUCGGACUCUCUCGAUCGAUCUCGGAUCUAUAUCACGAGCUCCGUAGAUAUACCUGGGUUAGCGUUAACACAGUGUCCUGGCCGCGACUGAGCGUAGAAUUGGGCUUCCU